UCAUUUGUCAAAUGUCAGUCCUAACGUCAACAAAGUCAAUAGGUAUUUUUUGGAAUUUUUGUAUGAUUUAGCUUUGAAUUGAUGAUAUUUUAGAGUUAUCUAGGUUCUAAGCAAAAUAAGAAAUGAAAGAAACACUACAUACUGUUUCAUACAAAUAAAUGUACAAGUGAAGUGUAAAAAAAAAAAUAUGGCAAGUGACGACGAGAGAAGUAAACAUCGGUCUCCAGAGAGGCACCGAAGCAAAGAUACAGAACGGCACAGAAGUCACGACCGAGAGAAGCGGGACCGCAGUCGAGAUCGUCACAGGACUAGCAAGGGUCGAGAAUCUAGCCGAGACAAGGACAAACACAGGGAUCACAGUAGCAGAGAGCGGGACAGAAGCAGGGAUAGAAGGAAUCGCAGUGAUAGGGAUAGGUCAGAGAGGCCACAAAAUCGUGAUAGAGGCAGGAGCUCCUAUAAGGAAUAUAAUGGAGGGGGAUUGGGAGGUGGUCUGGGUGGCGGUGGCGGUGGUGGCGGUGCCGGGGGCGGCCGCUACAAGGCGCAAGAAGAGGAGUUCCUGGACGCGCGGCGCGAGGAGCGCGAGCGCAUCGGGGAGGUGGGCGUGGCCUCCGUGUGGGGCAAGUCUCCCGUCAGACCUGAAUCUGAUGAAGAAGAACCACCGAACAAAUCAGAAGUGAGCAAAGAGAAGAAAAAGAGUAAAAAGUCCAAAGACAAAGAAGACACUAAGGUAAAACUAAGAAAGUUAAAGAAAAAGCUCAAGAAAAUCAAGAAAGCGCGGAAAAAAGCCAAGAAAAAAUCUAGAGGUUCCAGUAGUGACAGUAGUUCCAGCAGUGAAGAGGAGAUCUGGGUAGAAAAAGGAAAGGAGCAUGAAGUUUUGGAAGCGUCUCGUGCGUCCAGAGAGUCGGAGCUGGGCGGCGAGGCGCCCGGGCCCGCGCCGCGCUCGGCCGGCGCGCUGGCGCCGCGCGACUUUGGCCGCGCCUUGCUGCCGGGCGAGGGCGCCGCCAUGGCCGCCUUCGUAGCGGAGGGCAAGCGCAUCCCGCGCAGAGGCGAGAUCGGCCUCACGUCCGACGAGAUCGCGUCCUACGAGUCCGUGGGAUACGUGAUGAGUGGCAGCAGACAUCGUCGCAUGGAGGCCGUGCGAAUACGUAAAGAGAACCAGAUCUACUCGGCGGACGAGAAGCGCGCGCUCGCCGCCUUCAGUAAAGAAGAACGUGCAAAGCGCGAAAACGCCAUCCUCGCGCAGUUCCGAGACGUGCUCAGCGCGCGCGCGCACCGGAGAGAGGACUAGGGCGAGCUGCUGGGGAUACAAACUACACUGGUUGCAAAUAUUAACAAGAUCUAGUGCUUAAACGCACUAGCGGUCAGCCGCCCAGGCGGGUUGUCGUUAGCGGUUCACCGCCACGCGGCGUGGCACAGGUCUAACUCGUACACAAAGUUGAAAUUUUCUAUUUAAACAACAAAUACUGAA